CAUUUUGAUGUCUAGAAUCAGGGGAUCCAGGAUCAUCACCAAGGUCAUUUUCCCAGACAGAUGUGCUGAGGCUGUAGAAAGUGCUUUUUAUUUGGUUGGGAGCUUGUGCAUAAAUGUGAGAGGGGCUGCACAUCUGACGGACUAGAGGUGACUCAUGGCUGAACCGGAACAGGACAUCGGGGAGAAGCCAGCAGGUGAAUAUAAACAAGAAGGCACAAAUCCGCACUUGCCAACGGACCCAAGUGAUAACAAGAAACCCAGUGACACCUGUCUAGUCAGAAUUCAGAACCCCAAAGAAAAUGACUUCAUUGAAAUUGAACUGAAGAGACAAGAACUGAGUUACCAAAACCUACUAAAAGUGAGUUGCUGUGAACUGGGGAUUAACCCAGAACAAGUGGAGAAGAUCAGAAAGCUACCAAACACACUGCUCAGAAAGGACAAAGACAUUCGAAGACUGCGGGACUUUCAGGAAGUGGAACUCAUUUUAAUGAAAAAUGGAAGCUCCGGAUUGACCGAAUAUAUGCCAUCUCUGACAGAAAGGCCCUGCUAUAAUAGCAAAGCUGCAAAAAUGACUUAUUAAAUAAUCCCGGGAAUGGCCGGGCGUGGUGGCUCACGGCUGUAAUCCCAGCACUUUAGGAAGCCAAGGUGGGCAGAUCACCUGAGGUCAGGAGUUCUAGACCAGUCUGGCCAACAUAUAGUGAAACCCCAUCUCUACUAAAAAAAACACAAAAAUUAGCUAGGUGUGGUGGCGCACACCUGUAGUCCCAGCUACAUGGGAAGCUGAGGCAGGAGAAUCACCUGAACCCAGGAGGCAGAGGUUGCAGUGAGCUGAGAUUGCGCCACUGCACUCCAGCCUGGCAACAGAGCAAGACUCUGUCUCUCGAAAUAAAUAAAUAAAUAAAUAA